GUAGUAAUGGUGGUUAUUCGUGGUGGGAUAGUAGUCUAGGUGGUGUUGCUCGUGCUGGUAUGCCAGCAGCAGCCGCACCUGUGGCUAAUUCUAGUAUAACGAGUAGAUUAUUUUCCGGUAUUCGAGGACUUUGGAAUUCUGGGUCACAAAUUAUUGAGAACGUGCAAACAAAAAUUUUGUCUAUCGCGAAUCCAGUUACAUUGAUCACAGCAAUUCCAAGCGCUUUUAAUACUGUUACCGAGGUAGCUGCCCCCGUUAUACAUAAAGUUAAUGAAGCUACAGGAGGUGAACUAAAAAUUGAAUCUUUAGAACCUACUCUUCCUAAAAUAGCUGAACCGGUGGAACCACCCAAACCAGUUGUUCCGGUCCCCACCACGAACCCUACAAAACCUUGGGAUCGGCUUACCCCUUUUAUUGCGUUGGCUCCUGCUACAGUUGCUAUUUCUAUUUUUUCCUACUUAAUCUGGAAGUAUUUUGCUCAACUGCGUAAGAUAAGACUCUACAGAAGAGCUCCUUUAAGAAUUCCCGGUCCAUCCGUACAAGAACAAGUGCUCGAUCAUGUGGAUGAAGCCGGUCCACAUGAAUAUCGAUUGGUUAAGGAACGAAAACCUCCAUCUGUUCCAGCGAGAACAAAACGUUCUGGUCUCGAUCCUGCUGGUGGUGGUCGCGUGAAUCGCCGCACCAUUAUUAAAAUUCAUUUUGAACUGGUGGACGAAUGUCAAAAAGGGAACACAAAAUUGACUCAGAAUGAUUUUCUGGAACUUUUAGUUCGAGAGUUCAUGGGAAGCAAAUUUAUGGAAGAAGAAGAACAAGUUCCUAAGGAAGAGGUUCUUAUGGAAGGGGUUCUUAUGGAAGGGGUUCCUAUGGAAAGUGUUCCAAUGGAACGUGCUCCAAUUUUAGGUUCCGUGUUUAUGGUUUAG